AUGGCCGAUUUUGUCGACCCCCGGAUGUCCUCCAUCAAGCCCCGCAUCCGCUACAACACCAUUGGAGGUAUUAACGGACCGCUGGUCGUCCUUGAUAACGUCAAGUUCCCUCGUUACAAUGAAAUUGUCUCCCUCACCCUUCCCGAUGGCACGGAGCGUUCUGGCCAAGUGCUGGAGGCCCGAGGAAGUCGAGCCGUUGUGCAGGUGUUCGAAGGUACUUCGGGUGUUGAUGUGAAGAAGACUAAAGUCGAGUUCACUGGCCACAGCUUGAAGCUGGGUGUGUCCGAGGACAUGCUGGGUCGAGUGUUCGACGGUUCUGGACGUGCGAUCGAUAAGGGACCUAAGGUGUUGGCCGAGGACUACCUUGAUAUUAACGGCCAGCCUAUUAACCCCUACUCUCGAGUGUACCCCGAAGAAAUGAUCUCCACCGGUAUCUCUGCCAUUGAUACCAUGAACUCCAUCGCUCGUGGACAGAAGAUUCCUAUCUUCUCUGCCGCCGGUCUUCCCCACAACGAAAUCGCUGCUCAGAUUUGUCGUCAAGCCAGUCUGGUCAACCGCCCAACCAAGGGCGUCCACGAUGGACACGACGAUAACUUCUCUAUUGUUUUCGCCGCUAUGGGUGUGAACAUGGAGACUGCUCGUUUCUUCACCCGCGACUUCGAGGAGAACGGCUCUAUGGAGCGUGUCACUCUGUUCCUCAACUUGGCCAACGAUCCCACCAUUGAGCGUAUCAUUACUCCUCGUUUGGCCCUGACCACUGCCGAAUACUACGCCUACCAGCUCGAGAAGCACGUCUUGGUUAUCAUGACUGAUCUUUCCGCAUACUGUGAUGCCCUGCGUGAGGUUUCCGCUGCCCGAGAAGAAGUGCCCGGUCGUCGUGGUUACCCCGGUUACAUGUACACGGAUUUGUCGACCAUCUAUGAGCGUGCUGGACGUGUUGAGGGCCGCAAUGGAUCCAUUACUCAGAUCCCCAUUCUGACCAUGCCUAACGAUGAUAUCACUCACCCCAUUCCUGAUUUGACUGGCUACAUUACGGAAGGUCAGAUCUUCAUUGAUCGUCAACUCUACAACAAGGGUGUCUGGCCACCUAUUAACGUGCUGCCCUCUCUAUCUCGUCUGAUGAAGUCCGCUAUCGGUGAGGGCCGCACCCGUAAGGACCACUCUGAUGUAUCCAACCAGCUGUACGCCAAGUACGCUAUUGGUCGUGAUGCCGCCGCCAUGAAAGCCGUCGUUGGUGAGGAAGCCCUUUCCUCCGAAGAUAAGCUCUCCCUCGAGUUCCUCGAGAAGUUCGAGCGCACCUUCAUCAGCCAGUCUCCAUAUGAGUCUCGCACCAUCUACGAGUCCCUCGACAUCGCCUGGAACCUGCUUCGCAUCUACCCCAAGGAGCUGCUUAACCGUGUCCCCAAGCGCGUCCUGGACGAGUUCUACGCCCGCUCGGCCCGCAAGCUGCCCGCUAAGGAUACCCGCGAUAACUCCACCGAGAAUCAGCUCAUCGAUGCUUAA